AUGUCGCAGGAAGUAAAUCAAGGUGACUUACCAAGGGAAUCUGCCGUGAUGAUUUCAUACUUGCAAGAACUGGAGAAACACUUUUUCGAAUUGGUCGCCCAUGGGAAUGUUCCGGACGUAAGGGAGUUUCUUGAAAAUAAUCCGCAAUUCAAUAUCAACGCUGUUGAUUUUCAGGGUGUCACUGCGCUUCACAUCGCGGUUAGUGACAGGAACACGCCAAUGGUGGAGUAUCUCCUGACUCAUCCGGACAUCGAUCCGAGUGACACGCAUCUACACGCCAUCAGGGACAACGAGAUAAAAAUCGCCAUGAUUAUUUUGAACAAACUGAACGAUCUGUCACCCGGAUUGGAGUACGCCGGUAUAACGCGAAGCGCCGAUUUCCCGGACGAAGCCACGCCACUGGCGAUCGCUGCUCAAUACGGACACUUCGAGAUGAUCAGUAUGCUUCGAAACAGACUUCACUUCCUUCCGAAACCUCAUCCACCUAGCUGCAAUUGCAAAGAGUGCAAGGCAGUAGCAAAUCCAGCGUACAUAUGUCAAAUCGUCGACGAUCCGAUUUUGGAAGCGUUCAAUUUGUCUUACGAGCUACGGAAAGCCGCCGAAUUUGUCAGAGAAUUUUACCACGAUUACAUAGAACUCGCUGAGAACGUCAUGCAGUUCGCGACCGAUCUGAUCGAUUGCGCCAGAAGCGUGGACGAAGUAGAAGUCAUCUUGAAGCAGUCUACUGGAUUUGCCCAUUCGUAUAAAUUUAUAUACCCGAGGCUACUGUUCGCGCUGCACAACACGCAGAGAACCUUUGUGGCUCAUCCUAAUGUACAACAGUUAAUUACGAGCAAGUGGAUCGACGGCUGGUACGAAUGGAAGAUCAUGAACCCGUGGAUGAAGUCUUUAUUCAUACUAAUGCGAAUCUUCAUGCUACCGGUGAUUCUGGUAGUGGUUUUGGUCGCUCCAAAUUCAAAGAGGUCGAAAUUUUGGCAAUCACCGGUCAACAAGUUUAUUUCAUCCACCGCCAGUUACUUGGUGUUCCUGUUGAUCGUUUUUCUUCAAUCGAACGUAGACAAAACCGAACAGCUUCGUGGACCGCCUAACUCUGGUAUACCCUAUUACCUGAUAUCGACACAUCGAACAGAAAUCGAACAGUAG